GCCGCCAUAUUGGAUUUUCGAUAAUAGCGUGUAUAUGUAAAUAUUAUUGGCUUUUGUUGUUCGUCUCGCAAUUUUCACAAAUUACCUCCUUUUCCAAUAGUUUUCCGCAUUCUUACCACAAUGAACGACUCCAACGUGUGUCGAUUGUGCUUAUUCAAUAACAAUACUGUGCUAAAUUUGUUCCAGGCAAAAGAAAAUCAAGUUAUUCAGAAGAUUCUUAAAUAUCUCUGUUUUGAGAUAAAGGAGGAUGACAAUCUGCCGAAAGAUAUCUGUUUGUCGUGCUAUGAGAAAAUCGAGGCUUUUCACAAGUUUUUUGAGGAGGUGUCACAAAACCAAACAAUGCUCGCUUAUGCUCAAACCCAGAACAGUCCAGUGAUUAUAACAUCUGCCGCGCCGCCGAUUCUAGAUCCAAAUCAGAAAUCCAUCACGAUGGCGCAUCAUCAGUUGCAGGAGUUCAUCAAGAUCGAGGACAUCAGCGGUAGUCACAUAGAUUUGCAGAGUUUGUCCGCCGGCGGACCGGUUCCCACCACGAUAGCCGUCAUCAGUUCGGUGACAUUCAACAAUGGCACGGCGACGACUAACUACACGCUUCAGCCGGUGACGCAGGCGUUGCAGGGCGCUUUUCCGAUUGUAGCCAACGCUGAGCCUUUGCCUGAGCCCACACCGAUGGCCAAGGAGGACUUGGCAGACGAUAUGAAGAAGGGGGCUAACAAAGUGGAAGAUUCACCGACUCAGGCGCGCGUGCGGCGGAAGAGAGUAAAGGAAAAGCCGGGGAACACCACACAGAUCAGCGAGAAUCUUGCCAAGGAUGAUGAAAUGGAGAGCGAAGCGUGGCUGAAGAUGGACGAUCUCACUGAGGAUACGAAGGAAGAUGAGGAGCCUCGAAAUGAUCACUUUGAGAACAUUGAAUUUCCCAAUUUCCCCAAGAAGAUCAUCCAGGACACGAAGCUCCUCAUCAGAGGCAAAGCCUUAAUAUCACUCAUGUCCAAGUUCUAUCGAUUAGACUGCGAUUUGUGUGCUGAAGGAUCAAAAGGGGGGAAGAAAGUAUUCAAGAAGCUGUCCGUGCUCUGCAAUCACUACACGGAAGUGCACAACAUCAAGGGAUAUGUGAUUUGCUGUGGAGUGAAGCUGAUAAAGCCUAGAGCGAUGGCCAUGCACAUGGCGAGGCAUCUUCAACCGGAAGCUUUCAGGUGUCCUGAGUGCAGCAAAAUGAUGACAUGCCCGAAGAUCCUACAGUAUCAUGUGCAGAAUCAUCUGCCGGAGGAGAAAAGGCCACUGGCCUGUCCUGACUGUCCUCGCAGAUUCAGCUACAGCAGCGCUCUUGUGGCGCACUCGAUAUCCCACCAGCCGGAAAGCCAGAGAGCCGCUCAUGUUUGCGAUGAGUGUGGAAAAACGUUUUCCUCUCCCGGACGCUUGUCCACACACAUCAAUGUGGCGCACACGAAGCAGGGAAUCAGUUUCGUCUGUCACGUGUGCGCGAAGCAGUUCGCCUGCAAAGGGAAUCUCACAUAUCACCUGACUACGCACCAGCCGCGUGUGCACCAGGUGCAGUGCCAGCAGUGCGGCAAGUGGCUGAAGAAUAAGCUCUGCCUGCGGAAGCAUAUGGUGCAGCACUCAAUGGUGCGCUUCAAUUGCGACCUGUGCGAGUACUCCGCCCUCAAUCGCCAGUGCCUGAGGAACCACGUGCGUGUGCAACACACAGACUUGAAGCCCUUCUGCUGUUCGCAGUGCGGCAGGACGUUCAAGCUGAAGAACACCCUCCUGAAUCAUAUGGUGCAGCACACAGGACUGAAGAAAUUCUCCUGCCAAUUUUGCAGCCGCACCUUCGCCUCGUCAGGCAACUACUACAGCCACCGAAAGCGAAUGCACCCCACGGAACUCGCGGACUUCAACAGGAAGCGAGAAGAGGAGGAAAACAUUCUGAGAGCAAAAGCGCUGGCCGGGAAGCUCUCUUCCUAAGCUGUAUCUCAUAGUGGCAACUCAUUCCGUCUUCUUUUUGUUUUGAUAUCAACACAAAUCGUAAAAGAUGCACUUUUGUAUCCUAUUUUCUAUUUUCAACCAGUGAACAUAAUGCUAUUCAUCCGUGAAUAUAGUUAUAUUGAAGCAUCAAAAUUUAUC